AUGAAGCUAGUGGUAGCUUGCGAAGACACUGGUGCCAUUAAGGUAGUGACUGCCCUACACGGGACAGAUACAUCCAAACCUGCAGACGAUGCCUCUCCUGCACAGGCAGUUUCGAUCACUACACAUGCAGAGGGAAACACACGAAGAAGUAAGGUCCUGCAGUUGGUACAUUCGAAGCAUACGGGUAACAUUAUUGUUUCCCGAUUGAAUGGUGCAGUGGAAGUUUACGACACAUCGAAACUUGAGCCUGCAGCAGAACCGCUAAAGGACGGUGCUGAAAAAAAUGACAACAGCAGUGGAACAAUCGAUUUACUACAACUAGUCCAAGAAAAUAAGAGUCUUAUCCCACCAUUCGAAAACAAAGAUAGUGAAAUUUUCAUUGAUCUGCUGUUGGAUGAUUCUGGACGUGUCAUCGUGGCGACAAACAAGGGUUCUGUCUUUAUUUGGGCAAGUGAGGAUAAGAUCAGCAACGAGCCAUUAAAAUUCACCCUUCCUUUGGAUGCAAAUGAAAGCAUUGAAUCACUUCAGAUACAUCCGGGUAAGGAGAAUGUGGAAUAUAUUGCUUAUGGUGGAAAAGAGACCGAUCUACGUGUGGUGAAGCUACCAUCAUUGGAAAAAACUAAAAAGCGGAAAAACCAGCCUGAAGUCAUUUUCAAGGCUAAAAACCUUUCCAACUCUAGACUCGAGCUACGUGUGCCAAUCCACAUAAAAAAGAUACUUUUUGACCAAACAAGUAGCCCAGACCACCUAAAAAUCUACACAUUCACACAGUGGGGAGAUAUGAGGUUUUACGAUUCCGCACUUGGUCGCAAACCUAGAUCUUCUGUGCUGGUAUUGCCAAAAAAGGCUUCGAUAAUAAAUGCCAUCUGGUUGGACAGCAACUUAGUCCUAUGUGACAAUACGGGUGUAGUCGUGAAGGUCGACCCAUCAACAGGCUCUCUCAUGUCCAAGUUUAAGGGUCACAUCGGUACCACACAUGCCUUGGACAACUUUCAGAAUUCCAUACUAGCUACAACUGGUUCUGAUCGUUAUGUUCGUGCUUACGACAACGAAACCAGAGAAUGCAUAAUUAAGGUGUUCGUCGGUACUCAGUCGAACGCAAUAGCAAUUAUAGAAGACAUCGAGUCUUGGAAGGGCAAAAGACAGCACAAGCAUACAUCAGGAGUGUCUGGGGAAGAAAGAAUGUCUGGAGCAGGUAAUGGUGAGAAGCGGGAAGAAGAAGAAGAAAGCAGUGACGAAGAAGAAUUAUGGAACAAGCUAGAAUCUAAUAUAACCCAGAGAAGAAAGAGACGCCGGUUAGCCUUAGUAUAA